AGACUGAGGCUAUGUGACCCACCCUUCCCCAGAGACUCCUCGUCUGAGGCGUCAGGCGUGGUUUGUUCAGUUACUUUCGUUUUUCCAUUCGACGAAGAGAUGAAGCCACACAACAUCAACGUGUUACCAGGAGAUAAGCCUGUUUGCAGGCAAUACCACCAAAACUCCUGGCUCUCUAAAUUAAGGACGUUGAAGGUGUAAAUCCAAAGCAGCUAUUGAUUUCUACAAGAAUGUGAUGAAUGAGGCUAAUGUGGAUUUUCUCACUAUCAUGAUAAAUGCAAAUUUCAUUCAAGAAUUGCUCAAAAAAAAACAAAGACAAAUAGCUAAUUUUUCCCAGACUAGACUCUUAAGAAAACAAAUAGUUUAAAAUGCUUAAUAAAAUUCCACACUCCCACCUUUUAAAAUGACCCAAAAUAUAACCUACAGCAUCUAUACAGGGCCAUGCAGUGAAAUGGCAGAUGGAUUUUCUAAGAUGGUCAACUAUGUGACAGCAUCUCUUGAAAAAGAGGAGUGUAAAACACUACUGUACCUUUGUACAGAUUUGUUUAACAACAUCUGCAUGGAAGACUUGAGAGCAGCUUUGGUGGCAUUUGCCAAACAGGCACAAGCUCAAGCAGGUCAAGCUCAGGCUGGUGAUGCCCUGCUGAUGGAGCUCAUGUUCCGAUUGAAGCGCUAUGAUAUCCUAAAGAAGGUUUUUGGUACCAACAGACAACAGGUAGAAGGAAUUCUGAAGAAGGGAGCUGUCCUCUCAGAUUAUAGGGUUCUAAUGGCAGAUGUGAGCGAAAAUCUGGGGAAUGAGGAGCUACAGUCUCUUAUAUUUCUCCUGAGCAGUACCCUGCCCAAAGAAAGACUGGCUAAAGCUACUAGCUUUCUAGAUGUGGUAGUGGAGUUGGAGAAGUUAGAUGAAGUAUCAUGUGAUAAGCUAGACCUGCUUGAACAGUGCUUGAGAAACAUAAACAGAAUGGACCUUGUCAGAAGGAUUCAGUACUACAAGAAUAGAGGUCAGAAUGUUCCAUGUGCAAUCCCUAAAGUCCAGAACUCCUUUAAGUUCGCCCCUGUGCAAUGCCAGCUUUCUGCUCAACAAGUGAAACAAACACUAUGCUUUUCCCAAGAGUUUCAGAAUUUGAAGGUUUCAGUACCGGAGACAGGGACACAACAUCUACCGGCUUUGAUGGAGCAGUAUGAAAUGAAUCCUGAGCAGAGGGAUCUGUGUGUGAUUAUUGACUGUGUUGGCUUUGAUGGAGAGAUGAUGAAUCAGACAUUCAAGUGUCUGGGUUUCAAGGUCAUUCUUCACUCUCUCUUGGGUCUAAAAGAAACCCAGAAGGUCUUGGAAGACCUGACCCGCAACAGGAUCCUUCAGGGGGUCAAUCGCUUUGUCUGCUGCAUCAUCAGCAGGGGAACGGACACUCAUCUGUUGGCUACAGACUCUAGCAGACUUGGCAUCUGGCUGGAGGAUCUCAGGCAGCUUUUCAGCCCAACCCAGUGUCCCUCUCUGUGUGGCAAACCCAAACUCUUCUUUAUCCAGAUCUACAGGACCACAGAAGUCCCAAAUCCCCCCUCAAUGGAUGAUGAAUACCUUGAGACAGAUGUGCCAGGACGCCACUGUUCUAGGAGGCUAUGUGCGAAUGCAAGGACUAUCCCAGCAUUGGCAGAUGUCCUUUGGAGCGUGUGCAGAGCAGAGGCAAAGCUGCUGGAAGGGUCUGGCCACCAAUCGGUUUACCUGCGUGCAUUAAAUUCUACCUUUCUGAUGGGAUGUCAGAGAAAGAUGCUUUUAUUGGACAUCAUGGAAGAGGUGAAGAGAAACGUGUUUAUUUAUAAUCAACAAAACCCUGAGAAUGAGUACCAUCUUCAACUCUAUCACACACUACGCAAGAAACUUUACUUAUAACACUUAAUUUGUGCGUCACAACACAAACUUAAUUUUUUCUCUUUUAUUUUCUCUUGUCAACACACACACCCUAUACUUGUUGUUUAGAAUGGAAAUAUUUCCCUUAUAGUGGUUGAGUAAUCCGAGCAUAGCUUAAUACUGCCAUAAUAUCUGGUAAAAUAUAAUUGUGUUUUAUAUAUUUGCUUAUUAUUAUUAUUAUUAUUAUUAUUAUUAUUAUUAUUAUUAUUUAUAUUCAUUGUGUAUCUCCAUUGGCAGCUAAUACAGAUUUCUCUAGUGCAGUCUCAGUGCUAGUGCCUCGCUAAUUAAUUUAAGAAUUCCUUCAGUCAUUACUCCGGCAAAGUGAAGUUUAUUUGUAAAGCUCUUUUGAAAAUACAUUGUAAAUACAUUAUUGUUUUAGCAGCUUUACAAAAAAAAAAAAAAAACAUGACUUAAUCCUCCAAAGUUGCAAUGCAAAGAUGAAUGGUGCAAGGAAAGCAAUUCUGUGAGAUGUUUUGGUAAAGAGCAGAAUCUUUGGGAGGAAUCAGACAAGACCCCAUUCCUCUUCAUAAUAACAAUUCAUUUUCAUGUGCUGAAUAUCUAGUUACAUCAUGCUGCACUAUUAAUCUUGUUCAGUAAUCCACUUCUCUUCUAUAGAAAACUAUAUACACACUGAUAAUAAUGCAUAUACACAUUAUAACAAAUAUAUCCUUAUUGUCUAAUAGUGUUGUACUGUAUCAGUAGGCUGGAGUUCUGUGACCUUAAUGAGCCUGGUGGAUCGUAGCAUGAUCAAUCACUCUCUAGAGCAGAACAUAGAGUAGAAUAUAGACUUUAAACGUUGAUGUGAAUUGAUGAUUUAUUGGCUGGUCUGAUCGUUUUUAGCAGAUGCGUAGAAUUUUAAUACACAUGUAGAAUUUGCAUACUGUGAUAUAUAUCAAACCAGACUGUAGCACAACUGUAAUGUUAAACUAAACCUAGGCCUAUAUCUAAUUGUCAUUUAAAUAAAUAACUUAUAUUUACAUAAUUUAUUUCAUCCCGCUUCAGAGACUGACUACUGCAUGCUUUCCAUUAGCAGAUUAUAAAAUGAAUUAACAGAAUAUGAAAACCGUAUGAAAAAUUGAAUUACACUUGGCAGCAUGGGAUGUGUAGAGAAAGUGACCAUUAUGAAUAAAAAUGAUUUAAAUUA